CAAGUUAGCCAUCUUUGCAUUUCUCCUUUAGUGAAGUGCGUGUCGCUUGAGAAAAUUGUAAAUAUCCGCAGUAAUACCACUAUUUACUGCUCUAAAACACCAUCCAUCUGUGGAAUAGUGCAUCGUGAAUAGGCAGAGCAUCGAAGAUGUCAGAUCAGUACGGAAACUACGGUAAUUUUGCUCCGGGGCAGUUCUCUGUCCCUCCACCUGGCUAUCCGCCGAGCGGCGGCAACAACUCCGCUCCGCCGAGCUCUGGCGGCUGGGGCGGCGGGUCGCAGCAAAGCGGCUACGGCGGCGGCAGUCAAAGCAAUCACUACGGUGGGGGUGACUAUUACGAGGGUGAAGGUAAUUUUUCAGGAGGAAAGGACGGCGGCAGCGGCGGAUACCAGAGCCGAGGCGGCGGUCGUGAUUUUGGGAGUAAUCGCGACUUUGGAGGCGAUCGGCGCCGGGGUGGAAGCGGAGGAGGCGGCAAUUUUAGCAGUGGUGUCAACAAACCUGGUUUCAAUAAAGGCGGAGAUUCGCGCGGUGAUUCCAACAUGAUCACUCAGGAAGACACCAUCUUCGUGUCCGGAAUGGAUCCGUCUGUGACUGAGCAGGAGAUUCACAGCCACUUCGGAGCCAUCGGCAUCAUUAAAAAAGACAAGAAGACGAUGAAGCCCAAGAUCUGGGUGUACAAGGACAAGGAGACGGGCAAGUCCAAGGGCGAGGCCACGGUGACUUACGACGAUCCGGACGCCGCCAAGUCGGCCAUCAGUUGGUUCGAUGGCCGCGACUUCAACGGCGCCACGAUCAAAGUGUCGCUGGCGCAGCGACAGAACAACUGGCAGGGCGGACGCGGCGGAGGGCGCGGCGGCCGAGGUGGCUUUGGCGGCGAUCGCGGAGGCCGAGGUGGCGGCAGGGACUUUGGCGGCAGAGGUGGCGGUCCCGGAGGCGAUCAGGACAGCCGUGGCGGGCCGCGCGGCGGCGGAGGCGGAGGUGGCGGCGGCAGUGGCGCGAACGCCAUGCAAGAGCGCGAGGGCGACUGGAUCUGCAGCGGCUGUAGCAACAAGAACUUCGCCUGGAGGAAUCUCUGCAACAGGUGCAAAGCGCCAAAGGCGGACGGCGGCAACGGUGCGUCGGGCGGUGACGGCGGCGGAGGCGGUGGAUUCCGUGGACCGCCGAGGGACAGAGGCGAUCGUGGCUUUGGCGGCGGUAACAAUAUGGGUGGCGGAGGCUUCGGCGGCCGAGGCGGAGGACGCGGUGGCGGAGCAAUGCGCGGCGGAGAUCACGGCAGAGAGAGACACAGACCUUAUUGAGGCGGCGGCGGCAUUUAAAGUGGACAGAAAGAUACAAAAGAAUGGAAUAAUUUUACACUUUUAUUAAUUUUAGCGCUAAUAGAGUUUAAUCUUAAGUCGCUACAAUAUAGGAGAUAAAUUAGAGAUGAAGAUUUGAUGAAAGAAAAAAAUGAUUAGGAUAUAUAUUUUAUAAACUUAUAAUCCUCUUUUGCGAUUCUUAAAUCAAAGUGUCUCAGAAAAAAUUGA